GAUUUUGUCCAUCGAAACUUUCUAUCCACUGUUCCUGGAUAAUGUUCAUGUAAAUCAUGUCGAAGCCUGGCAGUUCCGCUGAUCAUCCUCCUCACCGUUGCCUGGUUGAGUUUUUGCGCGGACUGCGUGAACAGCAGUCAACGGGGACGUUGUGCGAUGUGGUACUGAAAGGCUGCGAAGAGUCCGCACUGGGCAUUCCCCUGCCAUCGCAACGUCCUCAGCGUGCACAGCGAUUACUUUCGGGCCGUCUUCACGCAGGACUGGAAAGACUCAUCGCAGCGAGUAUUCCCGCUGCAGAACAUCGAUAGCAGCACGCUGAACGAGUUGGUAAAGUACGCAUACACACUGGAACUGAACUUGAACGACGACAACGUGGAGCCCAUCUUGAUUGCCGCGCAGUUCCUGCAGAUGACUGCUGCGGCCCACCUGUGCUGGGACUACGAGGCGAGGCCCGUCGACCUGUCUAACUGCUUGGCCGUCCACGCUUUAGCCACUGACUACCACAACCCCGGUUUGGCCGACACCGUCCUGGCCUUUGUCCAUCUGUACUUCCAGCAAGUGGCACAGAGCCAGGAAUUUCUGCAGAUGGACGCGCAACAGCUAACUGCAGUGCUCGCAUCGGAUAGCGUGGAUGUGGUCAGUGAGGAUGAAGUGUGGGAGGCGGUGCUGCGCUGGUUGGAUCACGAUUGUCCGGCUCGCUUGGAGCACGUGUCGCCGCUUCUGCAGGUGGUGCGGGCUGCCUGCCUGAGCGAACCGUGUCGGCAGGAAUACGCGCUGAUCCUCCGCAGUGCGCCGACGGGAACGCCGCAGUGCGCGAUGGAAUUGGUCGGCGGUACGACGCAGAUCGCCAAGCCACGGCAUUCAGUCGGAGCGCAGGAAGUGAUUCUCUGCUUGGGCGGUACCUAUGAGGAGCCGUUUGUCGAGGAGGAAGCCAGAGUGGACGUCUUCUGCCCGUCGAUCCCGGCGGUGUGGCGUCUGAAAGAUCUGCCCGACCUCGUGGAGUGCUGCUCCGCGGUGCUGCUGGACCCCGGUUGCAUAAUGAUCAACAGCAUGAACUGCAUCGGGACCGUACAGCGCAACAGCCACUACACCGGCCUGCGCGACGAAUGGCGGGCUAUCGAGGGCAUCCUGCCGGAGCAUCAGGAGCCGCUCCGAGAAUCGCCACUGCGCCAAGCGGGAGCGCUGGCCGCCCUCAAUGGGCGGGUCUACGCGGCCGGCGGUUUUGAUCCGUUUGCCUACGGAGGAGUAAAGGCACUGGCAUCCGUGGAUGCGUACGAUCCCAGGAGCGAUUCCUGGGGCGCCGUGGCCGCGCUGCCCGUUGGAUUGAUGGGUAUGGCGAUGGUGGCCUGCGAGGGGCGGUUGUACGCGUUCGGUGGAGAAGACACCGAGGACGUUUCGAAUGCAGCGUUCUCCUACGAUCCCGCAGCGAAUGCCUGGAUCAGGCUGGCCGAUAUGCCGACCGCUCGCAGCGGUUGCCGAGCGUAUGUGGCUCCCGACGGGCUGAUCUAUGUUACCGGUGGAGAAACGGGGACCACGGCACGUCGUGUGCAUGUGGAAGCGUACGACCGCGUUACCAACCAAUGGCACAGGAAAGGCGAUCUGGUGGUGGAGCGUUCGGAGCACGAGUGCGUCUGCGUGGGUGGGAGGCUGUAUGCGAUCGGGGGAAUCUUUACCGAAGGCGUGUACCACGACAGCAUCGAAGUGUACGAUGAGGAGACGGAUAGUUGGGCGCUCCAUAAGUGCCGUUUGCUGCAGCCUAAAUUUGGCUUUGGCUGUGUCGUGAUGAAACUGAAGCAACCGCGGACCACGGCUGGCCGGUUAUAAGCGCAACGUGCAUUUAAGCACCUGACCUUUGGAUAGUGAGGAGCGCAAGGAUUUGUCUCC